AUGGCCGUGGCCGAUGCCAAGAGAGCAGAGGAGCAGCGCAUGCUGCGGGACACGCGGCUCUGGCUGGGUGUGGCCGUGGCCGAUGCUAAGAGAGCAGAAGAGCAGCGCAUGCUGCGGGACACGCGGCUCUGGCUGGACUCGGGGCAGCUCCGGGACUGCCCCCACCCGGCCACCGGCGCCAGCGCGCUGCACGUGGCGGCCGCCAAGGGCUACAUCGAGGUCAUGAGGCUGCUGCUGGCGGCUGCUGCUGGCGGGUGUGUUUUGGGCGGUUUUUGGGGGGAUUUGGGGGGGUUUUGGGUCAGCCCCGUGCCCCCCCAGGGGCAGCGUCCCUGUGACCUGGCGGACGAGGAGACCCUGCCCCUGCUGGAGGAGCUGCAGCGGCGCCAGCUGCACGUGAGACCCCAACACGCACAGAAACUGCCCAAAAAUACACAAAAUUACCUCAAAAACAGCCCAAAAAUACACAGAGACGGCCCCAAAAUACACAGAAAUACCCCAAAAUACACAGAGACAGCCCCAAAAUCACCCCAAAACGCACAGAAAAACCCCCAUUUGUGCCCCAACCCCCCCAGGCCGUUCCAGCCCCCGGCCCGGGACGAGGAGUCGGAGUCGCAGCGCAAGGCCCGGAGCCGCCUGAUGCGGCAGGCGCGCAGAGCCACCCAGGUGAUCCCAAAAACACCCAAAUUCACCCCCCCGGCCCGGGACGAGGAGUCGGAGUCGCAGCGCAAGGCCCGGAGCCGCCUGAUGCGGCAGGCGCGCAGAGCCACCCAGCCCCCGGCCCGGGACGAGGAGUCGGAGUCGCAGCGCAAGGCCCGGAGCCGCCUGAUGCGGCAGGCGCGCAGAGCCACCCAG